AUGGGAGCAGUACUGGAUCUGCCGUUUUUUGGUGACAUGCCCAAGCCAAAGGUUGGAAUCAACGGAUUUGGCCGUAUCGGCCGUCUGGUACUCCGCGCUGCGGUGGAGAAGGACUCCGUCGAAGUGGUAUCCGUCAAUGAUCCCUUCAUCAACAUUGACUAUAUGGUGUACCUCUUCAAAUACGAUUCCACCCACGGCCGGUUCAAGGGUAGCGUUGCACAUGAGGGUGACCACCUUGUUGUAAGCAAGGAGGGAAAAAGCACGCACAGGAUCAAGGUCCACAACAGCAAGGACCCCGCUGAAAUCCCAUGGGGAGCCGAUGGAGCCGAAUACAUCGUGGAAUCGACUGGUGUGUUCACCACUAUUGAUAAGGCGUCGGCACACUUGAAGGGUGGCGCUAAGAAGGUUGUUAUCUCUGCUCCAUCCGCUGAUGCCCCGAUGUUUGUGAUGGGUGUAAACCACGAAGCAUACAAUGCCUCGAACAACCACAUCAUUAGUAACGCCUCAUGUACAACAAACUGUCUGGCUCCACUAGCCAAGGUCAUUCACGACCACUUCGGAAUCAUAGAAGGAUUGAUGACCACUGUACAUGCCACCACUGCUACCCAGAAGACCGUCGAUGGACCAUCUGGAAAGUUGUGGCGUGAUGGACGUGGUGCUGCUCAGAACAUCAUUCCUGCUUCUACUGGUGCGGCUAAGGCUGUCGGCAAAGUUAUCCCAGCCCUGAACGGCAAGCUUACUGGGAUGGCUUUCCGUGUCCCAACCCCCGACGUUUCUGUUGUCGACCUCACCUGCCGUCUUGAAAAGCCAGCUAGCAUGGAUGACAUCAAAAAGAUUAUCAAAGCGGCUGCGGAGGGACCGAUGAAGGGUAUUUUGGGAUACACAGAGGACCAAGUUGUGUCGACUGACUUCGUAUCUGACACACAUUCCUCUAUCUUCGACGCAGGAGCGUGCAUCUGUCUCAACCCUAACUUCGUUAAACUUAUCUCAUGGUAUGAUAAUGAGUACGGAUACUCGCACCGUGUUGUUGACCUGCUCGCUUACAUCGCCAGCAAGGCCUAA